ACUACAAAUACAAAGAAGAAGAAAUCGACUCUGAAAACGAAGAAAAAUUUGAAAAACUAGAAUUACCAAACUUUACCUUAAGCGAAGCUACCGACUUCAUAAAUAAAUCAUUCGAAAAUAUACAACCAAUUGAAGUGUACCAA